AUGGCUGAUAUUGAAGCUUCGGGUAGUGACGAGUUUGAACCUGAAAUACAAGAUUUGGAGAAUGAGGAAAUUCAUGAAGUUGAUUUGGUAGAAAGUGAUUAUGAUGAGACUCAAAUUUUUGAAAACGCGUAUUUUUAUCCAUCAAUCAAAGAUUUUCAAGGUACUUCUGAAAUAAAUCCUAGCAUCUCUAUAUCGGGGAAUAAACCAAUCAAUUAUUUUGAAAACUUUUUUGAUUCCCCUCUGAUUGAAAGAAUAAUAGAUGAGACGAAUCGCUAUGAAGGUCAGAAUCGUGAAGAUCGGCAAUCCCAUCAGAAAACUUGGUCUCCUCUUACAAAAGAUGAAUUUGAACGUUUUCUUGGCCUUUCAAUUCUAAUGGGCCAUAUUCGAAAAGGUGACUUGAAAGAUUAUUGGUCUAAAGAUCCUCUGCUUUAUACUCCAAUUUUCGGUCAAAUAAUGUCUCGUGAUAGGUUUCUUGCAAUCUUACGCCAUUUACAUUUUCAUGAUAAUGAAGAUACCUCGGAAAUCGCUCACCAUCCUUUAGUGAAAAUAAAACCAAUAAUAGACCAUCUACAAUGUAAAUUCUCAGCAGCUCUUAUUCCAGGCAAAAAUUUGUGCAUAGAUGAAAGCCUAGUAUUAUGGAAGGGCAGGCUUCGAUUCAAGCAGUAUAUUCCUUUGAAAAGAAAUCGGUUUGGCAUCAAACUGUUUGAAUUAGUAGACUGUGAGACUGGAUUCAUUUUGGGCUUUGUUGUCUACAAUGGCGCUGAUACGGAUUAUCAGAAGUUUGAUUUGGGUGUUACUGAGGAUAUUGUCGCUCACUUCUUACAACCUUAUUUUUACAAGGGUCAUGUCAUAUACAUAGAUAACUGGUAUACAUCUCCCAUAUUGGCAGAAUUUUUGCAUGAUCGAGAUACAGGCAUGUGUGGCACGGUAAAAAGAAAUAGGAAAGGAAUGCCAAAAUUAGAAAAUAAAUUAGAGCGAGGGGAAAUUCAAGUUGCUCAUAAUAAUUUGUGGAUGACAAUCAGAUGGCAAGAUAAGCGUAGUGUUUGCAUGCUUACAACUGAACCUGAGUUCUGUACCACUGGCAAGAAACACUAUCAAACCAAUGAGGAUAUUAUAAAACCACGAUGCAUCCAUGAAUACAACCAAAAUAUGGGUGGUGUUGACAAUGUAGAUAGACAAUUGUCUAUAACCGAAACAGUUAGAAAAACAACAAAGUGGUAUCGCAAGUUAUUUUUCCAUCUUAUUGAUCUAAGUUUAUCUAAUGCUUAUUCUUUAUAUAAAAUUAGAAAUGAAGGACCAAUGCCCUUUCCUUCAUUCCGAUUAUCGGUUGUUAGAUCAUUAUUGAAAUUGGAUAAUACUAAUGAUAGCAUUUCUCGUCUUUUAGCCCUACUACUCGAUUAG